AUGAAUAUUCGAGGAUUCAAGUUCUUAGUUGAAGCUACAAUCAUAAAUAUUUAGAUAAGUGUUCAAUUUAAUUGUAAAAUAUAGGUCAUUCUAAAAAGAGGUAUAUCAUUUCAUUCUUAAUUAAUUCAAAAAGGAUCAUAAAAAUUAGAAACCCAACCUACUUAUGAAUUAUAGAAAGGAAUUGCUAUCAUAAAUGAGACAUUAAAUUGUACUAUUUCAGUCAAUUUGGGUGCAGAUGGAAAAUUUGAAGAGAAAAAAACUUAAAUAAUUGUGAUUUUAGUCACAGAUAAAGGAUAAAAGAAUGCUGGAAUGCAUAAUUUAAAUUUAUCGCAAUAUCUCAAUCAAUAAUAGUUUGGUAUAUGAAUAUACACUUAAAAUUAUUAGAAUUUUAAGAAGUUAUGCCAUUAGAAAAAUGUCCAGAUAAAAAUGCUAAAGUUGUAGUUAACUUUAAAAUUAAACAGAUAGGAGAAAUAGAUUAAGAGUAAUAUUAAUAAUAUAACAUAGAUUGGAAACUAUAGAUCAAUCUCUUGAUACUUCUUAGGUUUCAAUUUAAACACCAAAAAAGAUAAUAUAAGAAACAAAGAAUGAUAAUAGUGGUAUAGUAAGAUAAAUUAUAUUAGAUAAAAAGAAUUAAGAUUCUGAUCUAAAUCAUUAAAUAUAAAAACUUAAAUUGAAAUUAAAUGACACUAUUGAUAAGGAACAUCAUUAAGAAAUUAUAUUAAAUUAUGAAUAACAAUUAUAAGAAUAAAAUACAAAACUAAAAACAAUUAUAAAUGAAAACACAAUGAUUAAUGCAUAAUUAAAAGCUAAAUCUUUUAUUAUUGAAUAACAAACUAAUGAGAUAGCUUAAUUAAAAUCAUAAUUAAGUGAAUAUGAAUUUGAUAAUUAAGAGAAUUAAGAGAAUUAAAAAAUUCAAAUAAACAUUUUAAAUGAGAAAAAUAUUAAUUUAGAAAAAUAAGUCAAAGAACUAAAAUAAGAAAUAAAUAAUUUGAAUACAAUAAUCUAAGAAUUAUAAAAUAAUAGAAAAGAAUCUUUUAAUUCAAAUGAAAAUAAUUAAAUUGAUUAAUUAAAUGAAGAAAUUGAAGGUUUAAAAAAAUAAAUUAAAGAAAAAAAUGAACAAAUUUAAAAUUUAAAAAAUUUAACCUCUGGAACAAUUAUGGCUUUAUAAUAGAGAAAUGAAUCUUUAGAAAAACGAUUGAAUGAAUAAAAAGAUAUAGUUGAAAAAUUAAAAAAUCAAGAAGUAUUUUUACAAUAUAGAAUUAGUAAGCAAUUAAAAGCAAUGAUUCUAGUAUCUUAGUUGAAGAAUUAUAGUCUGCUUUGAGUAUUAAGAAACAUGAUAUUGAAACUUUACAAUAGAAAUAUGAAUAAGAAUUGGCAAAGAAAGAAGAAAUUGUAUAGAAUUUAUAACAUAAAUUGGAAGAAUCAAUGAGAAAGGAACUUGAUACUAGUAAAACAAGUUAGGAUUCUAAAAAUUAAGCGUAUUAAUUAGAGAAAUAAAUUGAAGUGUCAACAAAUCAGUAAGAUAAAUCCAAAGUAGAACAACAAAUGGCUAGGCUAAGAAGUCAAGUCCAAUAAUGGCAAUCCAAAUGGGAAAGCAACCUAAAAGUACUUAGCGAUUACAAUAAUGAAGUCUAACAGAUGCAAAGACAAAUUGCCGAUGUACCAUCUUUCAUAGACGAUCAAAAGGAACUUCCAGAUUAGUUACUAUCAUUGAAAAGAGCAAUAUAGGGCAAGCUUUAAGGCUAUCAAUAGUAAUAAGCAUCCUUAGAGUAGAAAGUUCAAUAGUUGUAAUAAGAGUUGGAAAUGUGUUAAUAUAAAUUAAAAUUGGAAUAAAGUUAAUAAGUAAUAUAAUAAUAAGUAUGGAGUGUUCUGAUUCCUAAUUCCAAGAGUAGAUGCAUGCUUAUAGUGAAGAAAUUUAGAGAUUAAAUUAUGCACUUUAACAGUAUAAAAAUAUAAUACAUUUCAAUAGAUAGACAGACGAAUUACAAUGUUUACGUGAAUAAUCUGAAUAGUAAAAGCAAUUAGAGUUAGAUAUUUCUAAAUAACUUGAAGAGACUAAAUCAUAACUCAAUAACGUUAGGUAAAACAUGAUGAAAUGUAAAUAAUAAUUGGCUGAGGCCUAAUAAGAGAAGGUAUUAUUAUAGGCUAAAAUGGCAGAAUAGUAAAAAUCAAUUAAAGAAAAGAAUUAAGAGAUUUUGAAGGGUUAAGAAUUAAUUGCAGAACUUGAAUAAUAUAAUAUUCAAAUGGAAGAAACAAUUACUUAAACACUCGAUUAAUAUAAAAUAUAAAAUUAGCAAACCAAACAAUCUUAUGAAAAAGAGAAAAAGUGGAGACUAGAACUCUAAGAAUAAAUACAGACACUCAAAGAUUAAUUAUCAAAAUUUCAAUAAGGAAUAGGAACUCCAUAAAAGAUAACAUAAGAAAAAUAAUAGUAAUGUAAUUGUUAAGAAUAAUUAAAAUAAAAUUAACAAUAUAUAGAAGAAUUAUAAUAAUAAAUAGCAGAAUUAUAAUUACUUAAAUUAGAAUAAGGAAUAUAAAGAAAUAGUAUUAUAUAAAUAAGAACAAGUACAUAUGCAAGUAAAAGAGAGUCUUUAAUUCAUUAACAAUUUGAAGAUUUAAAUAAAAAAGAUGAUGCUUUUGUUAAUUAAAGAAAUAUUUAAUAGAAUGAAAUUGGAAGAAUUAGAGAACUUGAAGAAUAUAUUUAUCAUUUAACAAAUGAAAAAAUUAAAGUAUCCAAAGAUUAUCAAACUGAAUUAGAAAGAGUAUUGUCAGCAAAUGAUGAAUUAGAGAGAAAAUGCCUAAAAUUGUUAUAAGAAUUAGAGCUUUGUAAAAUAAAAAUUGGAGAUAUAUUUAAUGCAGCAAUUGAAAUUGGAGGAACUCCUUUAGUUGACAAACUUUAAAUUGCAUUUGGUAUUGAAGAAUGA